GAGGACGGACGUCUGUUCCAUUUCAAAUAAUCACGCAAUACGAUGUUUUGUAAAUGAAGCGAUUUUUUAUUUUAUUUAGUGUGUAGUGUGUGUUAAAGAUGCAAGAAAUGUUCACAGUUUUUAUUCAACUUUUGUUUAUAUUUCAAGGUGUAACCAGCCUUCGUGACGUCAAACUCCUAGUGGAGCCAACCACCGUGGUACGGGGUGGUACAGCUGCUCUCAUCUGCUCCCGGGACAUGCAGGGUGCACCGCUGUACUCCGUCAAGUGGUAUAGAGGCAACCAUGAGUUCUACAGAUUCACACCCAUGGAGACACCGUCUACGAGGGUGUUUGGUCUACCCGGGAUUUAUGUGGACAUGAACCGCUCAAACGGUUCUCAAGUGCUCCUCCGGCGCAUGGAUCUAGGUCUCGCUGGUAACUUCAGCUGCGAAGUCACAGCCGAGUCGCCGUCGUUCGCCACACAGAUUGCUACCAAGUUUAUUGAUGUUAUUGCAUUACCAACAUCGAUACCAGUUCUCAGCGCUGACAAGGAUCGCUACCAACCUGGAGAGAUUCUCCGAGCGAACUGCACGUCACCACCGGCCAGACCAUCAGCCAACCUCACUAUUUUUGUUAAUGAGGAACCGGUACGAGCAUCAGAAACAAGCCUCCACCCAUCUGAAAGUGGCUUACUCACUACAAAAGUGAACAUAGAUAUAAAAGUGACCCCAGCACUGUUCCCUGGGGGACGCCUGCGGGUGGCGUGCUAUGCUACCAUGUACAACGUCUACAAUAAGUCUGCUAAGCUAGACUUCUUGACGCCGGAGACUGAUCCACGGCCGGAGAGAAUAACCCUCAACGGAGGAGCUUCUAGAACAUUCCUCAGUUGGCUUCCACUGUUUCUUCUCUUCUUUCUACCUUUAGUAUCAGGACAGGACUUUGGUUUCGAAGAAUUUGGUUACUAUAGUUACGACGAUGAAAGUGAAAAAAACCUUAUUUUGUCUUUGGUCUGAUGUUUUUGUUACUUUUUAAUACAUUUUUAUUGAAAUGCAAUGUUGUAUAGUUAAGCUUUCUAUCGUUUUUGUACGCAAAUGUUAGUGUUAGCUCAAUUUCACAUGAUUUUUCAUAUUUUUAAUUUAUAUUCAAUGAAAUAAGGAUGUUUUUCUUCACCCGUAAGGAUAAGUUAUAAUGUUAGUUUUAAUUUGAAUUUGUUUUGUUGUAAUGUUAAAAGAGUCUAUCUUUUGCACUUGAUGUGGAAAUGCAUAAAAUUUAAAAUAUGUAUUUUAAAAAGCAUUA